CUUUUGGAGCUGGUCCUAAACAUGCAGUGGAUGCAGACGGAGGGACCCAUGUGCAAAUUGCUGGGCAGAGUAGAGCAGCCGGAGUUAACCAAGGAUGGGGACCUCAUCAUCGGGGGAAUCUUUUCCUUUCGCACUGGGCAGGAUGGUGCCAUCGAAACCUUUCAAUCAGCACCAACACCUCGGCCAUGCAAACAUUUAAAUUUCAGAGAAUUCAAAUUUGCUCAUACAAUGAUCUUUGCAAUAGAGGAAAUAAACCAAAACACUGAAAUCCUCCCACAUAUGUCCCUGGGAUACAAGAUCUACAAUGAUUGUGGUAGCAUGGACAUUCUGAGAGCUGCAAUGACUCUGGCUAAUGGGCUCGAUGAUAUGAUGACCACAAGCAGCUGUUCUCAGCCAGACACGGUCCAAGCUAUCCUAGGACACUCUGGAUCCACACCAACUAUGGGAUUUGCAAGAAUUAUUGGAAGGUUUAAAAUACCGGUGAUCAGCCACUUUGCAACAUGUGCAUGUUUGAGCAACAGAAAAGAGUUCCCCUCAUUCUUCAGAACUAUUCCCAGUGACUAUUACCAGAGCAGAGCACUGGCACAGCUGGUGAAGCACUUUGGCUGGACCUGGGUUGGGGCCAUACGCAGUGGCAAUGACUAUGGCAACAACGGGAUGGCAACCUUUGUGCAGGCAGCCCAGGAGGAGGGAGUAUGUGUGGAGUACUCUGUGGCCUUUCUAAAAUCAGGGCCUCGCCAUGCGCUGCUCAGAGUCGUCGAUGUUAUAAAACAUUCCACCUCAAAGGUGAUCAUGGCCUUCAUGACACACAGAGAGAUCAAGGUGCUGGUGGAAGAGCUGCACCGACAGAACAUUACAGACCUGCAGUGGAUCGGCAGUGAUGCCUGGAUCACAGACAACUCACUCACUGACAGCGAGGGCUACAGGGCUCUUAUUGGAGCCUUGGGCUUUGUGGUCAGCAGGGCACAGAUCCCUGGGCUGGGGCAGUUUCUACAGGAGGUUCAUCCGUCUCAAUUUCCACACAGCACAUUCCUCAGGGAAUUCUGGGAAAAUGUGUUCAACUGCACUUUGACUCCACAGAGCUUGACUGAGAGAAGGAGACUCUGCAGUGGCUCUGAGCAUUUGAGAGAUGUGGAGACCCAGUUCACAGAUGUUUCAGAACUGAGGUUCACUAACAAUGUGUAUAAGGCUGUGUAUGCAGUGGCCCAUGCGCUGCACAACCUGAUCACAUGUGAGCAUAGCCAAGGUCCCUUUCCUAAUAACAGCUGUGCAAGUGGCAACAGCAUAAAGCCAUGGCAGGUUUUACAUUAUCUGCACAAAGUGAAUUUCACAACUAAUGCAGGGGAGACAGUGUAUUUCGACAGCAAUGGAGAUUCACCAGCCAGAUAUGAGCUUAUAAAUUUACAAAGUGCUAAAGACAGGACCAUGGAGAUUGCUACAAUCGGUUACUACGAUGCUUCACUGCCUAAAGGGAACCAGUUCACAAUGAACAAUGUCAGCAUUGUUUGGGGAGGCGGCAGCAAAAUGAUUCCUGUAUCAGUGUGCAGUGAGAGCUGUCCCCCAGGCACCCGGAAGGCUGUGCAGAGAGGAAGGCCAGUCUGCUGCUAUGACUGUGUGCCCUGUGCUGAGGGAGAAAUCAGCAAUGCUACAGAUUCUAUUGAUUGUGUGAAGUGUCCAUUUGAAUACUGGUCAAACCAAAGAGGAGAUGCCUGCAUUUUAAAGGAAAUCGAAUUUUUAUCUUUUGGAGAAGUUAUGGGAAUACUGUUAGUUUUAUUUUCUUUGAUUGGAGUCCUUUUUACUACAGUGACAGUGCUGAUUUUCUACUGGAACAGGAAAACUCCCAUUGUUAGAGCCAACAACUCAGAGCUGAGCUUCCUGCUGCUCUUUUCAUUGAAACUGUGUUUCCUUUGCUCUCUUACCUUCAUCGGCCGGCCCUCUGAGUGGUCCUGUAUGCUGCGCCACACUGCGUUUGGGAUCACCUUUGUCCUCUGCAUCUCUUGUGUUCUGGGAAAAACAAUAGUGGUGUUAAUGGCCUUCAGAGCUACACUUCCAGGAAGUAAUGUUAUGAAGUGGUUUGGGCCUCUCCAGCAGAGACUGAGUGUUCUUGCUUUCACUCUCAUACAGGUCCUUAUUUGUGUACUUUGGUUAACAAUAUCCCCUCCUUUCCCCAACAAGAACAUGAAGCACUACAAAGAAAGGAUCAUUCUAGAAUGUGAUGUAGGAUCAGCAGUGGGGUUCUGGGCUGUCCUGGGUUAUAUUGGGCUCCUCUCUCUAUUGUGUUUUGUUUUAGCUUUUCUGGCUCGUAAGCUGCCUGACAAUUUCAAUGAAGCCAAAUUCAUCACAUUUAGCAUGCUCAUAUUCUGUGCAGUCUGGAUCACCUUUAUACCAGCUUAUGUCAGCUCACCUGGAAAGUUCACUGUAGCUGUGGAAAUAUUUGCUAUUUUAGCUUCCAGUUUUGGACUGCUCGUCUGUAUCUUCAUACCUAAAUGCUACCUCAUAUUAUUUAAACCAGAUAAGAACACCAAAAAACAUGUAAUGGGAAAAACUUCUAAUUAA